AUGGCUAACCGUGAGCAUAUGUGUGUUGAAGAAAUACGGAAGACUGUUGGAGACAAAAAAGUCUUGGUGCUUGUUUCCGGUGGAGUGGACUCAUCAGUUUGCGCGGCUUUGUUAAGUCGCGCUCUUGGUCCUGAUCGUAUUACUGCGAUUCAUAUUGACAACGGUUUCAUGAGGAAAGAUGAAAGCGAUCAUGUCGUGGAAAGCCUCAAGGAGAUCGAUCUGCCAGUGCAUAGAGAAUACGCUGGCCUUAAAUUCAUGGUUGCUACCUCUUCCGGAAAAGCUGGGGAAGGCGAGCCGUUAGAUCGAACUGUCGAUCCCGAGCUGAAAAGGCAAAUCAUUGGAAACACUUUCAUUCGUGUGAAAGAUCGCGUUAUGGAGGAGCUGAAGCUCGAUAAAGAGGACUAUUUCCUUGCCCAAGGUACUUUGCGGCCGGAUUUGAUUGAAAGCGCUAGUGAAAUUGCCAGCGGACAUGCUGACAUCAUCAAAACCCAUCACAAUGAUACUGCUCUUGUGAGGGAAUUACGAGCGUCGGGACGUGUUAUCGAACCAUUGAGAGAUUUUCAUAAAGACGAAGUUCGCGAGCUAGGUCGAUCACUUGGUCUUCCCGAUCAGUUGGUUAAUCGGCAGCCUUUCCCUGGACCAGGACUGGCGAUACGAAUCAUUUGCGCUCAGAAACCACAUAUAUGCAAUGAUUUUGGGACAACUCAUCAGUGUUUGAACGUCUUGACCAACUUACGGCGUCAGCCAGCAACGGCCUUAGAGGUUGAGUAUAGAGAAAAGAUGUUGGCUGCAAUGAGCGGAUGGGAAAUCUCCGAACUAAUGACGCAAUCAUUUGUCAUGAACGCUACUCUAUUGCCCAUUAAAAGUGUAGGAGUUCAAGGUGAUAGUCGAUCUUACUCAUACGUUGCUGCCUUGUCUUCUGCGCAGCAGCCAAUCCCGUGGCAGUUGCUGGCUUGUUACGCUAAUAUCAUACCAAAAUUACUUCACAAUAUUAACAGGGUCGUUUACGUUUUUGGUGCGCCUAUUAACUACCCGGUCACUACUAUCACUCCGACCUAUCUCAACGCAUUUACAGUAAAGAUUCUGCAAGAGGCCGAUCAUUUGGCUACUGAAGCUUUGCAUGGAAGGCGGAUAGAUGGUAGUCGUGAUCCUGACCUUGAAGAUCUCAGCAAAAAAGUCCAACAGGUGAUUUUCUUUUCUGCUUUGCGACUAUUUACCGCAUAG